UGACAGCUCAACACAGUAAAUUUUUGUGACGAAAUAAAUAAAAUUAUUGUUGAAGAUUGUCCUUUAAACUAAAUAAAUAAUGGAGGCUGUGCCGAAGGUGCAACUUUUGAGCUUUGAGCUAAAAGUGAGCCCAGAGAGUACUCAUUUUGGCCCGAAGUUAAAACAGUAUAUUGCUGAAGCAUAUCGAGAAGACCCCGACAGCUACGGAAAUGAGUUGCACCAACUAGAAGGUCUGCGAUCUGCAGCCGUAAGACCAACUAUUGAUUCUGCUGGCCUAUGCUCCCUGACUAGGUAUUUCUGCCAACUUCGAGCCAUGCAGAGUAGAUUUCCGAUGAACAAGGGCCAGCCCGCGGCUUGUACUUUCGCCUGGAAAGACCUUUAUGCCAAUAUGAAUUGCUCACUAGCAGAUAUUAAGUUUGAAAUGGCAUGUAUAUUGUAUAAUAUUGGAGCCCUACACACCCAGCUAGGUUCCUCUGAACCUAGGAAUAGCCCAGACAGCUUAAAAGUAUGCUGUCAACAUUUUCAACAUGCUGCUUGGGCAUUUCAACAAUUGAGAGAGCAGUAUCCACAACCUUCAGGAGCAGAUCUCUGUCAUGAAAUAGUUAGGCUACUGCAAGAAAUAUGCUAUGCCCAAGCUCAAGAAUGCAUUUUAGAAAAAAGCAUACAAGAUACAAGAAAAUCAAGUGUUAUUGGAUCAGUUGCUACACAGGUGCUACACUUUUAUAAAUCUAGUUUUGCAAUGCUUGGACCAACUAAAGACUCAGAGAGUGUAAAUGAGAUUGUUGGGCAGAAAUUGCAUAAUUUUUGGUACCGCUACAUCUCUUUCAAAAUGUCUUAUGUUGGUUCCAUUGUCUGUUUGUACCAAGGCAUGAAUGCAGAAGAGCAGCAAAAAAUGGGUGAAAGAUUGGCAUAUUAUCAGUUGGCCGUGGAUAGACUGGGAGAAGCCAGGAAGCUAGCCAAGUACAUUGAACCUGUACAAGUGACACAAGAAGCUUUGACAUUCACAAAUGAUGUAAUUGAGGGCAAGAAGAAGGCUGCAAAGAAUGAGAAUGAGUUUAUUUACCAUGAAGAAGUGCCAGACAAGGACUUGCUUUCGGAGCUCAAGCCCGUGUGCUUGGUGAAACCUGUCCCCAUCAACUUCAAUGAUCCUGAGAUAUCAGGACCCGACAUUUUCUCCAGACUUGUCCCAAUAGGAGCACAUGAAGCAUCAUCUUUGUACUCUGAAGAGAAAGCUAAAUUGUUGCGUCAUGUGAUUGGACUCACAGAUGCAAAGAACACUGAACUGACAGAAUUCAUGUCUUCGUUACAACUUGAUCAAUUAGAUGUUUUGGAUUCUGAUCAAAAGAUUCCACAAGAAAUUGUAGAUAGGUGUGCUGCAAUGAAUGCCAAAUCUGAAAUCAUUCAAACUUUGGUCGAUUCAAUGAACAGUUUAGCUGAAAUCAUCAGUGACGUAGAACACUCUCUUGAAGAAAUUAAAACACUCAUUCAAGAAGAAACAAUGAAGGAAAAGGAAUAUCAGAAGCAAAUGGGUCCUCGACCACCUUCAAUAGUUCAGACGGAGAUAUCCCGGGAGUAUCAUAAGUAUCAGGAGGCACACUUGCGAACAAACGAGUCAAACCAAGUGUUACAUAAGGCUAUGACGCUGCAUAUCGCGAAUUUGCGCCUCCUAUCCCAACCUCUCGAAGUUCUUGAACAUAAGAUACCAAGUAUUGAAAAUAUUGAGGGUCUAGAUCGCGACUCGAUGAAGGAGAUGCGUCGCGUGGUGGGCAAGGCGCGGGAGAUGCAGCGGCAGCGCGACGGGCUAGUGCAGCAGCUGCGUGCCGCCGUCGCCGCCGAUGACGUCACGGCGCAGCUGCUACAGCGCCCGCAGGACCCGCCCGACGAGAUAUUCAAGGCAGAGCUCGAGAAGCACACGCCCACGGUAAAAAUCAUCGAACAAAACCUUGCCGCUCAGGAGAAUAUAAUCAACAAGCUGACGUCACUGUAUGCGUCGUACGGUGACUCCAGACGACUUCUUUCGGAGGUGCUGAGGAAACGCGAGGGACUUAUAAAUGCGCUGAUAACCUCGUACGACUCCCACGCGGAGCUGCUGGGCAAGUCGCAGAAGGGCCUGGAGUUCUACCGCAAGCUGGCGCACAACGUGGGCGGGCUGCUGGCGCGCCUGCGCAGCGUGUGCCAGGUGCACCGCGAGGAGCGCGCGCAGAUGAUGGCCAGGCAGGAGGCUCCAAAGUCUACGCCUUCUUCAGCGGCAAAAGUCAUUGAUGCCGUUCCAACACCAGCCAGUGGCGCACCCCUGAAACUUAAGGACUACCUACCCUACAUGAAGAACAGAGGAAUGGCAAGGGGCUCGAUUCCACAAGUUCAACCAGAAGCCUUGCCAGCGGAUACAUAUUACCCGGAAACUAUUUAUCCGACAUCAGUACGACCUACACCAGUCGGCUCCGAAGCGACAGAAUUAACUCCUCCCAGUAUACCAGAUGGCGUAGUUAUGCCCCAAAUGCAAAAUGUGCAAAAUCCUUACGCCAAAUACGGAGCUAGCUAUGGAACAGAUUCAGACACUUACGCCCAAGUUAAAUAUGCCCAUCCUAGCCAAUAUAUAAAGCCCGAAGAUAUACACUCCCCUUACACACCAUCGCAGUAUUCGACCCAAAUGACGGACCCCCAAAUAUACACGAACCCUUACUACUCAGCGACGAACAACACGACUACUUCUGUCACUGAAUCCCAAGACUCCUAUUCGAACCAAACGAUGGCACAACCUCCUACUCAUCCCACUCAAUACAACCCAUACAUGCAAAAUCCAGCAAACAUUCCAGAACAGAGCACUUCUAUGUAUAACCCAGUGAGUCAAGACUUCAACGCGAGCUUCUCGCAGAUGCAGAUUUCUGCGAAACCUGAUCCAAACUCCCAGGACUACUCUCAAACGUAUUACAGCGUUCAGUACCCGCAGAUGUAUACUUCGAACACCCAGACUUACAGCAAUGCUGGUCAAAAGUUCAACACUAAUACUACUGGGCAAAUGUCAAAUGAGUACAGCUCCAACUACCCAUACACCAGUGGAACUUCCACGCAAUUAGACCAAAAUGCUGUCAAUAGUCCAGCAGUUCCAGAUAUGGCCUACUCUGCUUCGAGUGUACCGGGCCAAAAUGUACCUAGCUCUUACGCAGCUAUGUCUCAAUCUACGACAAAUGUAACUAAUCAAAUGCAAAACAUAAAUACGGCUAAUAAUGCAAUGGCAUAUCCCAACACGUUUAACCAAACUCCGAAUAGUGCCGUACAAAAUGAUCCUUACUCUUAUUCCAACAUUUCUCAAGUGCAAAACCCUUCAAAUUCCAUGAUGAAUAUAACCGGUCAAAACGUUUCCGUUGCGGGCAACAGCGGAGUCGAACAGAAUCCUAGUAUUACAAAUCAAAUGUCAAACUACGCCAACUAUACGAGUGUUCAGCAGGCUAUGCCAAAUGUGUCAAAUCCGGCUUCAAACGUUGCCAUGAAUAUGAACGUGUCGGCUUCUAUGCCAUACGUCUCUAACCCUUACAGCGUGGAGCAGCAAUAUUCCUUUGCAAAUGCGUACGACAACGUUUCCCAACCCUACGUUUAUUCCACGGUCCAAAACUCAGUCACUACAACAACGAAUGCAAACACAACAACAUUCAGUACCGGUCAGACUUACAUGCAAAACGAACCAUCCUCCUACGUUGACCCGAAUCUGUCGCAAUUCGAUGCUCUCGAUAAGCCAAUAAAAUCCCACGUAACUGGGCAGGCUCUAUCGAACAUGCCGAGUAUGCAACAGUACUCGUCAGUCGGUUAUCAGACAGAUCAAAGUAUUAGUCAAGUAAAUCAGCCCAAUGUUCACCAAAGUAAUCAACAAAACUAUGGCCAAACAUUCCAAGAUCAAAAUACUAAUCAAGUAAAUCAACCGAACCUUCAGCAAGGUAAUCAGCAAAGCUAUGGCCAAACAUUUCAAGAUCAAAGUAGUAGUCAAGUAAAUCAACCGAACCUUCAGCAAGGUAAUCAGCAAAACUAUGGCCAAACAUUUCAAGAUCAAAGUAGUAGUCAAGUAAAUCAACCGAGCCUUCAGCAAAGUAAUCAACAAAACUAUGGCCAGACAUUCCAAAAUCAUCCCGGCUAUACUUUCAACCCCGCAACGGGAGCGUACGAGUAUACUUACGGUUCGCAAAAUUCUUACACGAGCUACGACACGAGCCAGACUAAUUUGAACCAAUCCGUGGCGAACGAACAAAAUUUUAAUACACACGGAGUGUAUAGUAGUGCUGGAACGUGCGAAACCAUGCAAUCGCCCUCCGAAAAUCCACAACAGAACACCUCGAAUUCAGACAACAACCAAAUAUAUUACAAUUUACCUUACGGGUACCAAACCGUCACAAACCAGUCCUACGAACCGUCUCCGUCCAUGCCCGUGUCGACGAACUACGGGGCGAACAUGAACAACUCGACUUACAUGCAGUCUGGCCAGGCUCCAGAUACGAGUGUCACAUACGCUAGUAACGACCAAGUUCAAACGCAGAAAGAGUCUGUCUCACAACCGAGUAACGUUGAAACUACACAAAGUACUAGCGACGGAACUACAAAAAGUGUAUCACAAGGACAUGAAAAAAAAGCAGAAUUACCUGCGGCACCUACUUUGGAUCAACAAUCGGAACCAUCGACGUUUGAUUUACUAUCAGACAUCGAUUUUACAGUAGAACAAAAGCCACUGACACCCGAUAUAAAAGUGCCGCAGAUUUCUGAAAAAGUUAUUGUAAAACCGACCGUUAUUCCGAAAGUUGAACCUGUAAAACCGAAUAUACAGAAGGAAGAGGUUAUAGAGCGACCACCUAAAAAGGAUCUUUUUGCCGAUCCAAGUCUGCUUAAUAAGUUCACUCAAGAAGUCAAAGACUUGCAGCGAUUGACUGAUACUUUAAGUAUAAAGACUUCGAAUGGUUUAACAGUAUUAGAAUCUAAAUGGAAAACUUAUCAAGAUAUUCAGGUUAAAGAAAAUAGUAAUAGAUCUAAGAAAAUGGCUUUGAAACACACUCGAGACAACAUAGUGACUGCUGUUGUGCCUUAUGAUGACUCUAGACUGACUCUGAAGUCUGAUUCUGAUGUUUACAUUAAUGCCACAUAUUAUAAGCAAUUGUCUCCAUGGUGCAUUCCUCUAGUGAUAGCAAAAUGUCCUAACGAAAACGAAACGGCAGUGUUUUGGAAAGCUGUUUUAGAAAAUAAAAUAGCCUGUAUUAUAUGUCUACAAACCGAAAUCGAGAUGCAAGGCGAGUUUUACUGGCCAACAGCAAAGGGUCAAAGUUUGGAACUGAGGAAUGGGCCAAAAGUGACUUUAGAAGAAGUAAAAUGCAAUGUGCACUGGACUGAGCGAAAAUUGAGACUGUCACUUGAAAAUACUGAACUUUCUGUGACGCAUUACCAAAUUAAUGUUUAUCCUGCCAAGGUUGUAUGUUCCCCGCUGGUACUACUUGCGGAUCGCACGCUCGGUCUCACGUACGAGGGGCGUGACGCGCCGCUCACUGCGUGCGUACAGUGCGGCGCGGGGGCGGGGCGUAGCGUGGCAUUCGCUCUGCUGCUGCUCGCCAUGUGCCAAGUGCGAGCUGGAUACCCAACACUUAUUGACACGUUAGAUAUGGCGUGCAUGAGCCUCGCCAGACAUCGGACGAAUGUUAUGGAAGAUCCCAAGUUCUUGGCCGACGCUUACAGGACCGUUCUGUUCUACGCGCAAGGUGUUCUGUGCUCAGGAACUACAUCGUUCAACGGGGAGACAGUAGCGGUACCGAGCGGCGCGUCUGUCCUACCGCCCACCCCGGUGACACCAGCGCCAUCUAGUUCCAGCCAACGGAACAAAUUCUCCCGAGAGUCGUUCGAAGAGAUGAAACAAGCGCCGGGGCUGAAGAGCGGUGACAUGAAAGAUCCCCUUAACUUCCUAGACCCACUGUGGAGCUUAAAGAAAAAAUAAUUAAUAACAAUUUGACGAGACCACCGAUCAGUGUCAGGUGUAAAUUUUAUUUUUUACGAUAUUUUAGUGUCGUACAUGAGAACUACCAAAAAUCUAUUUGAUAUUCGUAAAAACAAAAAAAACUGAUUUCAUAAUUAUUAACUUAAUACAACCCGUGAAGUAGGGCUUUCGUAGCGUCAAAUUUUAAGUUGGGUCGUAACGGAGCAUGAUAAUAAAGAUGUUAUGCAAAUACAGUCGUUACAAAUGAAAUAACAUUAUCACAAAAUAUAAUAAAAAUUAUGUACUGCUAUAAUGUAUGCUGAAUUAAAACUUUUAUCUCAUAAGUUAUGGAAAAUAUACAAUUAAAUUACAUAGUUAAAAAAGUAGAAGUAUUAGGUUUUAUAUUAAUCGUAUUUAGCAAUACAUGAUUUUUAAAUACGUCAUACUAUAGUAUUUAAAUAAAUAAGAGAUUAGAUUUACAAUUGACUUUGAUAUUCAUAGAAUUAAUGAUAUUCGGUC